AUGGCUGCGGAUUUCCGCACCCCCGACCGCCUCCUGCCCGCCGCAGCUGAGGAGCCGACGACCCCGCCGGGCCACCCUUCCAAUCCGGUGCUUAGCACCCCCGCCGUCCCCGACGCCACCCACGAUGGCCUCCGCUUCUGGCAGUACAUGCUCGCCGGCUCCGUCGCCGGCGUCGUCGAGCACACGGCGAUGUUCCCCGUCGACACCCUCAAGACCCACAUGCAGGCCAGCAUGCCGCCCUGCCGACCGGCUCUGUCUCUGGGGGCGGCCCUGCGCAACGCCGUGGCCGGCGAGGGCGGCGCCCUCGCCCUCUACCGGGGACUCCCCGCCAUGGCGCUCGGCGCGGGCCCCGCACACGCCGUCUACUUCUCCGUCUACGAGUUCGCCAAGUCGGCCCUCACCGACCGCCUCGGCCCCAACAACCCCGCCGCGCACGCCGCCUCCGGGGUCGUCGCGACCGUCGCCAGCGACGCGGUCUUCACGCCUAUGGACACCGUCAAGCAGCGGCUGCAGCUCACCAGCAGCCCCUACACGGGCGUAGGGCACUGCAUCCGCACCGUGCUGCGCGACGAGGGACCUGGCGCCUUCUUCGUUUCCUACCGGACAACCGUGGUCAUGAACGCACCCUACACCGCUGUCCACUUUGCCACCUACGAGGCGGCCAAGCGGAUGCUCGGGGACAUGGCCGCCGAUGAGGAGUCCCUCGCCGUACACGCCACCGCUGGGGCCGCAGCAGGGGCACUUGCCGCGGCGGUCACCACGCCCCUCGAUGUUGUCAAGACGCAGCUACAGUGCCAGGUGAAGAUCUAG